AAAACCCAUUCCCACCCUUAGAAGUACAGAAAAAAAUGGACAAAGCCUUUGAGAUCCAGAAGGCCUGCCGGGAUAACGUAAAAAAUCUUCAAACAUACCUCACAGACCUUAAGAACUGGGAGGUUGAAAUGAAACGUAAAGAGGCCGCUUUAAACGGCGAAUUUGAGCAGGUUCACAGUCAGGACUUACCCCCAGUGAGGAGUAAGGCGAGGAAAGAAAAACCAAUUGUUGAAACUAAAAAGAAGUUGGAAAAACGUAUUCCCGCGUCUGACUACAAAGCUUGGGAUAAUUUUGAUGUUGACAAGGCCUGCGAGGAAGUAGACAUGGAGGAUGUUGGCCCCACAUCCCUGGACAGCAAAAAGAGCCAGCCUGCCAAGAUGGACAAGCUGCGACAGGAGGCCCAUCAUGAGAAAGAGAGAGGCAACAGUUUCGUAAAGAUGGAGAAAUGGGAUGAGGCUAUAGCUUGCUACAAUCGCGCUAUAGAACUUGUAAAGGAUGAUGCCAUAUACUACGCCAACAGAGGACUGUGCUAUCUCAAAAAGGACAGUCUCCACCAAGCCGAGACCGACUGCAGCACAGCAAUCGGCCUCGACCCGACCUACGUGAAGGCCUACCAGCGCCGCGCCACCGCCAGAGAGCGCCUCGGAUCCCUCCGGGCCGCCUCACAGGACCUUAAUGAGGUCCUCAAAUUGGAACCUCACAACUCGCAGGCAAAGAAGCAGAGAGAUGACCUUAGGAACAGAAUGGGGACUAAAGGGCUUAAAUCAAAGUCAUCACCCAAUUCCACUCCGAUCAGUGAAACCAAACCCUUCCCGAAGACUGUACCGCCAAAGAUCAUUGAGCUUCAGGAUGAGCCGGUAAAAGAAGUGAAACCACCCAGCGAGCUGGAGAGGUGGAGGGACGGAGUCGGAGAGGACAUUACUGUCAUCAAACCUUUCAAGAAACCGCCACAUUUGAGGUCCAAGAGAGCCCUAAAAUCCAUCCCAAUCCACGAGAUACCCCUCGGCAAGACUGAACCAGAGAGGCCUGCGACCAGACUUCAAAUAGUAGAACUAGAAGACACCCUGUCCCAUGGGGACUCCAACAAUAACUCCGACAAGAUUAAGGAGACACACGUAAUAGACAACGCGGGGGAUGUGAAGGCUGAAGUCAAGAACAAAGAAGUUAUUAGUCCUGCAUCAGAGAAGCUGCUCGUAGAUCUGACGCAGAAGGAAGUCCUGAAAGAAAACAUGGUGCCACCAACCAAUAGUAUGCAGUUCAUGCAAGAGUGGAAGAUGCUGAGGGGAAAUGACCGCGCCAAGUCAGAUUAUUUGAGUAUCAUAGACCCGUCCAAGAUCCCAUCAAUAUUCGACAACGCCUUAGAGAGCCCCGUUCUCUCGGAGUUCCUUCAGCUCCUGCACGGUGACGUCACUAAGUACGCGCACCACACCGUGACGUCAUACCUGCGCGGACUGAGCAGGGUCAAGAGGUUCUCGGCGCUUGCUAUGUUCCUGUCCAACAAGGACAAACAAACGCUCAACAGUCUCCUUGAGCACUGUAAGACUGUAGAAAACUGCUCAGAAACCGACAUCGCAGAUCUAAAGAACAAAUUCGAACUUUAAGUCAAUAGACAUAAGGCCUUAGGUACAUUGUAUCCAAUUUUAGACCUCACAAUAAAUAACAUCUUUGCUGCUAAGAUGAUUUUGAUUACUCAAGCUAUCAGAUAUAUCGGAGCGGCCAAGGUGCUUACAAAUAUCUGAACACGACCCUAUUUUCAAGGCGUUACAGUGCGUGUUCAGAUAUUUUUGAGCACCUCGGCCGCUCUGAUAUAUCUGUUGGUGACUGUACAACGCUAUACCUGUCUCUAUACUCAACGCAUCAAAAUGCGUUGUCAUUUUACUUCAUAGUUUGCCAUUAGAUUUAAUGUAAACAUGAAAGUCAAUUAAAAUCUUGGUCAAACUGUGGAAUGAACUGUCGCCCGCGGUAUUUCCGGACCAAUACGACUUUCAAACUUUAAAGAACGUACUCCCAUCUUAAAGGCCGGCAAUGCACUUCAACCCCUCUGGUGGUGCAGGUGUCCAUAGGCGACGGUAAUCGCUUACCAUCAGACGAUUCUAAUGCUCGUUUGCUUCCUAUAUCAUUAAAAAACCGCCAUUUUUCAUGUCCAAAAACGUCAUUCACACGCCAACAUCAUUAUUACUUACGCCAAAAUGUCGAGUGUCGUUCAGAAUUUAAUAUCUGUGGUCCUAGUCAAAGGCCUUUUAAUGUGAAAAACUGAUUGGGAAUGUGUAAUGUACACACCGGGGUUUUUUUGUGAGAAACCCUGGUGGUACAGUCUGGCAAAAAAGAGUAGAAAUUAAAAAGUGGCAACACUGUAGUGCCGUCCCGUUUUUCUUACAUUGAAAUGAAAGGGACG